AUGGCUACAAGCGACGUUCGAGACAUACUCCAGAUCAGCAGGCCUGCCCCGGGUGCAGAGGGUACACCGAAGAAAUCAACAAAGCCCGAAAAAGAAAAGAAACCUGAGGGUAUAAGCCGGGAAUUAUUCCAACUUAUUGGUGGAGCGCCACCUGUUGCAUUCACCAAACCAACAUACAAGCAGAAGCCUAACCUAAGACAAAAGGCAGCACAUUGGGAGCUGCGCGAAUUCGUUCAUCCUGGACGAACUGAUCAAUUGGCUUUACUUCGAUGGACGAAGGAUAUAAAUAAUAACAUCACUGAAGAUGAUUUGCAGGAAUUUCAGAAUCUUGAGGUUAUACACUAUACGGACGAAGAAUAUCACAAAUAUCUCCUAGAUCGUGAUUGGACAAAGGAAGAGACCGAUUAUUUAUUUGAUUUAUAUAAGCGAUAUGAUGGAAGAUUCAUGAUAAUAUAUGACAGAUACGACUUUCCCGGAAAGAGAAGAACAAUGGAGGAUCUAAAGGAUCGGUUUUAUUUCGUACAGCGUAAAAUAAUACAACAACGGCCUGGACAGGAUAAAGCCGAAAUCGCAAAGUACAAUUACGAUAAAAAUAGAGAAGUAGACAGGAAGAGAAAUCUAUGCAUGUUAUUCACUCGGACGUCCGAACAAAUAAAAGAAGAGGAAGCUUUGUUAGAAGAGUACGAACGCAUAGAACAAAAUGAGAAGAAAUUCGCCAAAGAACGCGAGGUUCUAAUAAAAUCACUUGCAUUCCAGGACAUAUCAACAACAGUGAAACGAAAACGAUCAAUGACGAACGGUUCAUCCACACCCGCAACUGAAAUAGUUACGCCAGUGCUUUCAGUGUCAGCUUCGGAAUCAUUACCCAAGAAGAGUAGAAGAGCAUCUGCAUCAUCGGUUGGGUCGAGUGCUGUUGUUGAGGCUCAUCCACCCGUUGAACAUGUGCGACGAGAAAAAUUGCCCCCUGGUGUAAUUGUUCGUAGUCAAAAGAUUCCUCAAGUCAAACAAGGGGCUAUUACGAAAGUUACCAAGUAUUUACAGGAAGCUGGACUUGGUAUUCGGCCGUCAAUGCCUACAGAAAAUGUGUGCGCCAAAUGGAUAGAGUUACAAAAGGCAAUUGUCAGUCUUCACGAUCUAAAACGACACGUUGAAAAACAAGAACAUGAACUGAAGACUAAGAAGCAAGUACUCGAAAAAACCAAGGCAGCUGCGGGGGGAAGCAGUAGUAGUCAAAAUUGGUAG